CGCCUCCCCCGAAUGGCAACGACGGUCGCUCCCCGGACAUAUUCCAGAAACAUAUGGGUUGGUAGCAGCCAGAAUGGAGGCAGCAGCUGUGUGUUGCCAUGGCUGCCGUGUUGAGUGAUUGGUCACAUGAUUCGUCACAAACGCUGCAUUCAAAAACGUCGUGUGGCAGACCUUUUGUCUAAUUUUAUUCCGGAAGAUGAAGCGGCUCUUAUGAAAAAUGGAAGAUACACUUGUCUUGUAUGCUCCUACCGUCCCGUGUUUGAUACGGUAGACAUGCUGACAGUUCACAGGCAAGGAAAGAAGCAUCUAGAAGGAUUGAAAGCAUUCUACGGCAAGAAAGCAAAGCUGAAGAAUGAAAUAUCGAAAAGACAACAUGAAAACUAUAUCCAGUCUGAAGAAAGACAACAGGAACCCUCCAGUUCAGCCCCUUUACUGGUACAAACACAGAAGCUCACCCAUCAUGCUUUACUAAAGACUGUCCCGUAUAACAGCUGCCACAGAAAAACCAGUACAAAACCUGAAAGAAGAUCUAUGAGUACUGGCUCAGGUCCCAGUGGAAACCUACACUGCAAAUCUCCAUCUGCAUCCUGUAAAACUGAAGUUUCAGAAAUAUCAGCAAGCAACCAUCAUGACUCUAUUGCAGUCAAAACAGAAGACCAGGCUGCAUUAACACAAGUUGCAGAACCUCUAACAGCACAGAGGAGAAGGGAAAUGGAGCACUAUCUCAAACUGAAAAGUGAUGGGUGGGUGCAAGAUCGUAACGGCCAGUGGGUCAAAGAUGAGAAUGUGGAGUUUGACUCAGAUGAGGAAGAACCUGCACCUCUUGUUCCCUUAUCUACAAGCUAGUGUCACAACAAAGAGCUGUGAGAUGCCCCUUAUUGUACCACAGUGGUACGCUUGAGCAACAAUUCUGUUUUGAAGAACUCAAUUCCCAUCAGUGAGGACAUUAUGAAACUAACGAAACAAUUUUCUGGUCUUCCAUCAGAGUGUUUUGCUUUUGUUUUCUGAUUCUUUAACGUCCUUUUUUCAGAUCCGCUGUAGUGGGCUGUUUAAGCAACUAUGUUGUCUUUGUUUUCCUUUUGAACCUUUAUGACUGCAGUGUCUUGCUUGACAAGUUGUUGCAACUCACCAGCACCGCCUGCAUGUCAACAGACAUGUUUUGUGGGCCGUAACCUGCUGGUGUGAAAUAAAGUCACAAGAAACGGGAAGAAAACAGUGUUGCAAAUGUUUGCGCAAGAUAAAUUCCAAAUAACUUUUAA